AUGGAUCGAUUCUGUUUUGGAUUCCGACAACUCAGUGUUAUUAAAACAGAUGAUUCAGAAUACUACAGUAUCAGGGCAAAUUUCCUCAUUUUAUGCUCCUUUUCUAUUGUUAUCUGCAUUUUUGGUCUCGUAGGAAAUGGUAUUUUCCUCUGGCUGCUCACCUUCAACAUCAAAAGGAAUAUUUUCACCAUGUAUCUCCUGAACUUCAGCACAGCUUCCUUUGGGUUCCUUUUAGUCGCAGUUUUUAUUUAUGCAUAUGUAUUUUUAAGAAUUAUUGGUAUACGCAUUGAUACUCAAUAUGUUGUUAUGACUGUCACCACUCUGACCCUGUUCAUCAAAGGGCACGUGAAAUCACAACCGGAGCAGCGUGGUGGAUUAACAAUAGCCAUUUUACUGACUCUGCUCUUGUUCCUCCUCCUGGAUGCCUGGGCGAUUAUCACGGUUAUUAUUGCUAUGCACAAUGACUAUGCCUUCUUGCUUGUAUGGUCUGUGUAUUCCCUGAAUGCUAUUUUCACAAUUGACCUCCUGAUUUUUACACCCAUUAUGGUUGGUUCCACUGUGCUAAUGUCCGUCAAGAUCUGCUGGAGUGCUCAGAGACAUCAUCUGCCCAAGAAAUAUAUUGCUGUUUUAGCCACCCUCCUGUUCUUCCUCGUCCUCACCAUUCCAUUAAGUGUUCUAUUUUUCACCAUGGACAGCGCUGGCGAUUUUUCUGACCCUGAAACUGAAACUUAUUUCUUCUUUGCCUCUGUUAGCAGCAGCGUGAACCCCAUCAUUUACUAUUUGUCCUUCAGCAAGUACAAGAGAAAAUGA